CAGAGCUCUGGACGGGAGGGGCUUGGAUCCGGAUCGCAUAGUAAUAUCUCAUUCAUAAAUUACACAGGACGCUAAAGUAGAGCACUACUGUCUGCUGAGGGAAACCGGCCAGUAUUGGAACAAUGCACUCGAUAAGAAAUUUCUUCUGUGGUGAGUGGAGCUCUUCUGUACGUCUUGAUGACAAAACAGUCAUAAUCACAGGAGCUAAUACAGGCAUUGGCAAGGAGACAGUGAGAGACCUUGCAAAAAGAGGGGCUCGAGUCAUCAUGGCCUGUCGAGAUCUGGAAAAAGCAGAGGCAGCCAGAAAUGAAUUAAUAGAGGAUUCUGGAAACCAAAACAUUGUGGCGAACAAACUUGAUUUAUCAGAUACCAAAUCCAUCAGAGCUUUUGCAGAACUCAUAAACAAGGAGGAAAAGCAAGUCAACAUCCUGAUCAACAAUGCUGGAAUCAUGAUGUGCCCAUAUUCAAAAACUGCAGAUGGCUUUGAGAUGCAGUUUGGUGUAAACCAUUUAGGUCAUUUUCUGCUCACCUACCUUCUGCUUGACCUCCUAAAGAAAUCAGCCCCCUCCAGGAUCAUCAACGUGGCUUCUGUAGCCCAUACAUGGGGCAGCAUCCAUCUGGAUGACAUAAACAGCGAGAAGGGUUACUCUCCACGGAGGGCUUACGGCCAGAGCAAACUAGCUAACAUCCUCUGCACACGCUCCUUGGCUAAAAGACUGCAGGGCAGUGGUGUGACUGUGUACUCCCUCCAUCCUGGUGUGGUGCAGUCAGAGCUGUUUAGGAACCUCAGCAAGCCUGUGCAGAUAGCAGUCAAGGUCUUCAGCCCCUUCACCAAGACCACUGUUCAGGGGGCCCAGACCACCAUCUACUGCUCUGUGGAGCCCAAGCUGGACAACGAGAGUGGAGGAUAUUACAGCGACUGUGCUCCAGCACAGUGUUCAAGAGAAGCUUUAGAUGAUGAAAUGGCUCAGAAACUCUGGGAGCUCAGCUGUCAGAUGCUUGGCAUUACUUGGGACUGAUGGAGCAAUCCUCUCAGUGACACUGUUAUAAAAGUGGAAUGAAAGCUUUUGGACUAAUGUCAUAGAUAAUGGAAACUGUAGUGUUCAUACAAUGCAUGAAUGAAUGCACUAUGUUUUAUAUUGUACAUUGAAUACUCUUUUUAAUACCCUUGGCUAUUCUGUUAUAAUUUCAAUAGAUGUAAUGAACUGCUAUGAAUUUAAAAGUAUUUUGGUCUAUUAAAUGUUUUAUCUUUUA